AUGAGUGGAACCCAUGUGCCGGAAGAGGUGUCAAGUCAGCUAGGCUAUACCCACCAUGAGAAUUCAGUCCCAAACGCGCCGAUCCAAAAGGACGGCCUCAGUGGCGUGGAUAGUGGCAGCCUGCAUGAGAUUCAAGUGACAGAAACCGAUCGAACAGAUGAAACAGAUGUGGACCUUCAUAUCAAGGAGACCAUGGAGAUCAUGGCUGAAGGCAUGUCGCAGAUGGAGGUGGUGAACCCUGAAGUCUUACGAGUGACACAGGCCUGCCGGGCUUUCGACCACUUCGCUGCGGCCUUGCGCAGUGGAACGAGUGGAAACCAGAGAGACUUCUACCACAAGAGUCGCAAGAGCCACAAGAUCUCGACGUUUUGGAGCCAUUCUUGGCAUGGUGGGCAUUGGAAGAAAAUCAGCACGCUCAUCAUUUUUUACAACGGCACUGCGGCGGUGUCCUUGGGUAUCAUCAGUGGUGUUGUGGCAAUGCUCCUCUUCCGUUUUGGAGUACUGCCAGGCUUUGAGACCACAUACGAAGGUGACAUGGUGAAGGCCUCCGUUUGGUCAAUUUGUUCAGGGUUUCUAGUGACAUGCUUGGUGACCAUCUUCUGGCGGCCGCAGAGUCAAGUCUUCUUCGACCGAAUCUGCAUUAGCCAGACUGACAGUGACUUGAAAGUUCACGCAGUCUUUAGCCUCAGCGGCCUUCUGAGAAAAACUGACACACUGCUCAUCCUGUGGGAUCCAACAUGGACAGAGAGGUUGUGGUGUCUCUUCGAGCUUGCCGCCUUCUUGCAGAGCAAAAAGAGCGGAAAACAGGCUUUGAUGAUUCGACCCAUUUUUCUUGGGCCAGUUUCCAUCGUGGUUUUCGUCACUUUUUUUGUUACUUUGUUGCCUGGCACCUUUUCACUGAAUGACUCGCAAGAGACAGGCUACAUGAGCAAUGGCGCCGUCAUGUUUGUGGGCCUUGCAACUAUGUACCCUGCCGUGAGCGCCAUACGAAACUAUUUCCGAGAAUUAGACACGAUGAAACAGCAGUUGCUGUCGAUCUCUUUCGAUUCGACCCGCUGUGCAUGCUGUAGCCUAGGCCAUGUAUACAACGGUGUGCCGGUACCCUGUGACCGGAAGAUUGUGAAAGAAUGUGUGAAGACUUGGUUUUGUAGUCUGCAUGCUUUCGAGGCGACAGUACGUUCAGAGGUUUUGGAGGUUUUGAACCAUGACCUCAGCGAAAAAGUCUUCAGUAUUUGGUGGGUUCUGGGAGUGACUGCUCCGAUCAUCUUGGCUUUCAUGGAUCUCUCAGCCACCCAGGUCUCGGGGGGUCCAGCAACAGCUUUUGUGCUGCAGGGUCUGGUGAUUUGGCUGCUGGCACUUCCAGCCACCAAUGAUCUCCUAAUUUCUAUUCCCUCGAUCAUGCGCGCAAGGCCUCAAAAUCUGGCUUUGGAAGUGGUCAAGAAUGCAGUGACAUUGCUGCUCAUGGCUUUACCUUUGGCAAUGAUUGUCGCUGUGCAUGGGCUUGCCUAUUCCUCUUUGAUGCCGAUUCCAGUCGGAUCAUUCGGCGUUGCGAAGUUUGUCAUCAAGGAGCUGCAGGAAUGUUUGCGCGGCUGGCUAUGGGCAACCCUACCGGAGGUGCCCCGCGGCUGGAAUGCGCGGCAGAAUGAUGGACUGCCGACGUUGCUCCGGAGGUGGUUUUGGGGAGUGACUUUGUUGGCCAACGCCUUGCCGUCCUUCCAAAAGCAGUGUCAAGAGAUUACUGCGCACUACUCUUUGGUUGGAAGAAAAGAUGAGAUGCAUUCCGAUGACGGCGAGGAGGAGUGUGCUGAGAGGGAAGAUCUUGGGUCGGAUCCAGUGCCCAAAGAGUGGCGCUUCGCGCGGGAAGAGCAAGACUUCGAAGCCAUCCUGGAGGCCUUCUUGUGGGCCGCCUGCGAUGUGGCCCUGGGCCCUUGGCGGCGAAAGGUGCUCAACCCCGGAACUGUGACCAGUCAGGCUGCACAAGGUUCGUUGGUACCAAGCUUGAAUCAGCUUCUGAACCCCAACUUGCAAGUCCUGAGAUCUUGGUUGGAUCCCUCGCUCUUUGAGCGGCUCUUGACCAAGAUCUUCUUGGUUUGCAUUGGCUGCUACAUCCUGAAGCUCUCUUGCGGUUCCUGGCUCCAGGGCAUCCGCAGCCGAGAUGAUCAGGUGCACUUUCUGUCGCAGGAAGCGGUUGCCUUGUGCAACUACUUCGCUGGCAUGUCCAAGAAGCCUCGUGAAGAUUUGGAUGAUUACGGCCUCUGGGAACCUGGAAGGGUUCUCAAUGUCUUGCACGCUGUUCUUCAGCUGCCAGGUGACAAGUGGAGGUCUGGCGCCCGAAGGACCGGCAGCCCGGCGCAACCCAAACAGCCCGCGCAACGGAAAGCGCCUCUGCCAUCAGACUGGAAGAGUCCCUUAGGUUUUGAAGACGGCCUCGGGAAGUUGGUGUCCGUGCUGUCAGAUGGACCUUUGCCUCUGGACGAGGUCCUGAACUGGUUCACCGACAUUGAUCUGCCAUGCUCGACGCCCUUCCAGGACCUGCCUCGAGCAGUUCCUGCGGGUGGAUUGUACACCGGCGACACCGAUGUCAGGCGCCGCACCAGCCGUUCCUCCUCGAUGCUGAGCUUCUCAGGUCGCCUCGAGCGUGGCCGGCGGGCCUCGGGGUCCAGUUGUGAAGACGACAACCACUCUCCUCCAGGAUUCGCACUGCAAAAUCUUGGCGGAUCAAAUGGUGGCAUCUCUCUUUUUGGUCAGGCGGCCCGAAGAGACUCUGGGGACCAUGGAAGCUUGUUGAUGGGUAACCAUGAGGCAUCGGAACCCAAGGCGUCCACAGCUUUGGACAACCGAGACGCCAUUGGCCUAGCGUCUGAAGGCGCUGUCUGUGACCUGCGGAUCGAGCAGGACGGUGCCUAUGGGGCCUUCUGCCAAGUCUUCAGCAGCCUAGAGGACGUGCCAUCGACAUCGGAAGACCAUCCACGGCUACGCUGGGUGCAUUUGGUGAAGGCCAGUCCAGAUGCAUCUCCGGAGUUCAGAGCUCCAUACUUCCAAAUCUUGGAGUUUCAGCCCUCGGCCCUGCAGGCGAUGUUUAUCACACGCUUUUUCCCCAGUUGA